CGGUUGCGCCGCGGCCCUUGCCGGCCCCCUCGCGUUUCGUAGCCCAUGUGCGAGUCCUUAGAGGAGUCCGGCCCUGUCCUCGGGGCCGGCAGCUAGGAUAAGUUAGUGUCGUCCGGCCGAGCGGUCCCAGCCCUCCUGCAGUGCCGUUCCGUACAGCAAUAUGGCUGCGCCCAUGGAGUAGGGACGCGAAGGUUUUCUUUGACUCUUCACGAAAGGAUGUCGGUCAGGACCAGUUUUAGUUGAGUGCUGUUUUCAUGAGGAGAGUCUGGGAGGCAGCGUGAGCUUUUCUGACGGAUGCUCACCUUUAGGGAUUUAGUGACUUGACUGCUUAGAUGAUGUGGAAUCCAAGGACUGAAACAGGACCAUGGAGAGCAGUGGAAGAAAGGAGGAUUAAACUAGGAAUCCAGGCCCAUCACUCUGAAGGCAUCUUUGGCUAAGAUGGCUGAAAAGCUUGAAUGGCCAACUCUGAAAUGGAAAGACAUUUAAAGUGUUGCGUUUUUCCUUAGCAGUGCUAUGUACAUGCACACCCUGGAUGUCUGCAUCUCAAACCUACUGUGUGCACAAAGUACAUCAUUAUUCAAGUGUAGUAUAUUAAGAACUUGAUUUUAAAAGUUUUUUUUUUUUGCGUGUUUUUACAGCACUGAGUAUCAAAUUCAGGACCCUGAACUGAGCAAUGCUCCUAGUUCUGAUUCUUUAUUCUCAGAUUUUUUAUUUUAUUUUUUUUAAAGAGAAUGUCUGUGGUGCACUGUUUGCCCCAUGGGUGGUUCCUGGAUCAUCUCUCUUUUAUUAACAAGGUAAACUACCAACUUCGCCAGCAUCAAGAACCUUUUUGCAGUAGAAACAAGGCCACUUCUUCCGUCUACCAGGAUUCUCUUCAGCUGCAUCCAGUGUCUCCUGCCACAGGCUUUGCCCCUGUGCCAGGCAGCGAGGACAGAGGAAACUGUGAAAUGAUCACCCAGAAAUAUGUUUUCCGAUCUGAGCUAUUUAGUGUCACCAAACCUUACAUAACUUCGGCUGUUCUCAGUGAAUGCCAGCAGAGUAACAAAAAUGAACAUCUAGUGACCGGUGAUAAACAAGUCUCCGUUUCUGUUGGGAAGAAGCGUAAAAGAUGUAUUGCCUUCAAUCAAGGUGAAUUGGAUGCCAUGGAGUAUCAUACAAAGAUCAGAGAGUUGAUUUUGGAUGGAUCUUCACAGUUAAUCCAAGAAGGACUCAAAAGUGGUUUCCUUUAUCCACUUGUUGAAAAACAGGAUGGAAGUGGUGGAUGCAUUGCUUUACCGCUUGAUGCCUGCAAUUUGUCAGAAUUAUGUGAGAUGGCAAAGCACUUGCCCUCCUUGAAUGAAAUGGAGCCUCAGCCACUGCAGCUGACGGAAGAUGAUAUGUCAAUUACAGAGCUGGAUUUAUCUUCACAGGUCAUUGAAAACAACUGUAGCUUUUCUAAAAUGAUUACUUUAAUGGGACAGAAAUACUUGCUGCCACCAAACAGCAGCUUUCUUUUGUCUGACAUCUCUUGUAUGCAGCCACUUCUUAACUGUAGUAAGACAUUUGAUGUAAUUGUGAUCGAUCCGCCAUGGGAGAACAAAUCGGUUAAAAGAAGUAACAGGUACAGCUGUUUAUCACCACAGCAGAUCAAGCGAAUGCCCAUCCCUAAGCUGGCUGCUCCCGGCUGUCUGGUCGUUACUUGGGUGACAAACAGGCAGAAGCACCUGUGUUUUGUGAAGGAGGAGCUAUAUCCCUCGUGGUCUGUGGAGGUCAUUGCGGAAUGGUACUGGGUGAAAAUCACAAAUUCAGGAGAAUUCGUGUUUCCUUUGGAUUCUCCACACAAAAAGCCUUAUGAAUGUCUUGUACUGGGGAGAGUUCGAGAAAAAAAUGCUUUAGCAUUAAGGAGCACAGGUGUAAAAGUGCCCCCCGUUCCCGAUCAGAGAUUGAUUGUCAGCGUGCCCUGCGUGCUCCACUCGCACAAGCCACCUCUGGCCGAAGUUCUGAAAGACUACAUCAAGCCUGGUGGGGAGUGUUUGGAAUUAUUUGCUCGAAAUUUACUGCCAGGUUGGAUGAGUUGGGGCAACGAAGUCCUCAAAUUUCAGCAUGUGGAUUAUUUCAUUGCCCUGGAGUCCGGACACUGACUGUAAAAGUCUUGCUGUCGCGCUGUCUCUACCCCAGCUCCUUCCUUCAGACUCACGUCCCCGUACCAGUCAGUGUGCUUGGAAACAUACGUACGUCUCCAUGGCCCUCUGCACUGAGUCCCUCUCUUCCCUUCCUACUCUCUGGAAAACUGUGACUUGUUUUCUCCCACCCGUUUUUCCUUUCUAGAAAUUCCUAGGUGUGGAAUCAUCUAGUGGAGAAACUGUUGUGUCUGGCCUCUUUCACUUAGCAUUUAAUAAAAGCAUUGAUACUGUUUAUAAA